AUGAUUUUAUAUGAUAAUAAUAAAAUAUCUGUAGUUACUAUUUCAGUAAUUGGUGCAAAUAGAAGAAUGUGUGGAGUUAAAUUCUCAGUUUUUGAUGUUUAGACAACACAAGAAAUAGGUGUUUAUUUACCAACAUCAUAAGGUGAAUGGGAUUUAAGAUCUUUGGAUAAAUAAAAAAUUAAAUCAUCUGUAGAAAAUGUCCCUUUUGCUGAAUUUUUCCUUACUUAAAUUCUUAAAUGUCCAAUCACCACAUAAGUAAUCCUUUUUUAAAUUCUAGAUUCUAUUUAAGAAAAUAUUAAAAGUGGAUACCAAAAAUAAUUAGAUCAAUAGUAAUGAAAUUAAUAAUCGAAAGGCUUUUAUUGAGAGAAUAGAUAAUCUAAUAACAUGGUAAGAAGUAUUAGCUGCUUCUUUAAAUUGA